GUUUUGUUUUCCUGAUAGAGAAAAAUGGAGGAAGUUGCUAUCCAGCUCGCUGCAGAAGGGAUUCAGAAGAAAGUGAUUUCUCCGGGAAAAGGAGAGCUUUCCACGUUUCCUGAUGGCACGAAGGUCAUGUUUCAUUACCGUACCAGUCUGUGUGACGGCACGGUGCUGGACGACUCCAGGACGAUGGGAGGGAAGAGUAAACCCAUGGAGCUCAUCCUGGGCAAGAAGUUCAAGCUGCCGGUUUGGGAGCAGGUCAUCAUCACCAUGAAAGAGGGAGAGGUAUCCGACUUCACCUGUGACGUCAAGCACACAUCCCUGUACCCGCUGGUCUCCCAGUCGUUACGGAACAUCAGCGCGGGGAAGGAUCCUCUGGAGGGUCAGAGACAUUGUUGUGGAAUCGCUCAGGUCCACUCUCACCACUCACUGGGACACCACGACCUCGACCACCUUCAGGCAAAACCCCAGCCUCUGGUCUUCACCAUCGAGCUGCUGCAGGUGCUGCCGCCCGGCUCGUUUGCGCUGGAGACGUGGGCGAUGACGGACGAGGAGAAGCUGCAGGCCGUACCGCAGAUCCACGAGGAGGGAAACAUCCUCUUUAAGAAGGGAGAGAUUGCCGCCGCCGCCGAGAAAUACUACAACGCCAUCGCCUGCCUGAAGAACCUGCAGAUGAAGGAGCAGCCUGGUGAUGUUCCGUGGAUUAAGCUGGAUCAGAUGAUCACGCCGCUCCUGCUGAAUUACUGCCAGUGUAAGCUGAUGCUGGGUCAUUACUACGAGGUGCUGGAACACUGCUCCUCACUCCUCAACAAGUAUGAAGAUAACUUGAAGGCGUAUUUUAAGCGGGGGAAAGCUCACGCAGCCGUGUGGAACGAGGCCGAGGCCCGGGCCGACUUCGCCAAAGUCCUAGAACUGGACCCGUCUCUGGGUCCCGCAGUGGCCAAAGAGAUCCGAGCGAUGGAGGAGCGGAUCCGGGAGAAGGAGAAGGAGGAGAAGGGCCGAUACAAAAAUCUCUUCAGCUACAACAGCAGCACUUCACCAACCGCAACUACGAGUUGAGGAGGAGAGUGGACAUUUUUUCUGUCGUUCCUGAGGAGAGGGUCGGUCAUGGAGGCACUGUAAAAACUGAAGCACGUGAACCUUCUUCAGUUCGCCCACUUAUUAUACCAGCCAGCCAGGCACAACCAUCUCCCUCCUUUCCUGUUCUUCACAUUUUCACCCCCCAAUUCUUACCAUGCUCCUCACUGUUGUUACGCACAAAUUAUUAUUAUUAUUAUUAUUAUUAUACGUCUGUAAUGAAUCCCUUUAUGAAAUGAGAUCUGAAUUAAUGUUGAAAUUAACUGAAAAUAUAAGGGCUCACCUAAAGUACUUUUUAGUAGGAUUUAGGACACACCUCUGUUCCAUUUGCCCUUCCCCCGUCCACUUCCUGUUUGGUUAGGACUGUAGAAGGACAAGGAGGAAUUACUGUGUGAACAUACGCACCUUUAUUUAUGGAGAAUAACACUCAGAAUGAGGAAUUAUGGUCCAGAAGACACUGAGGUCCAGUGAUGAUGAUCUACAGUACAGAACAGGAGUUAGAAAGAUAAAGCCUCCUGAUCGAGACAAUCACCCAGCUAAUAUAGUACGUUUCUCCACUAGGGCUGCGUAAUAUCAGCAGAACACCACAUUACAGUUACUAUGGUAUAUGAUAACUGACAUAUAAUGGUAAAUCAAUAAUAUAAACCUAGCACAAAAUCUAAGGAAGUGUGUGUUUGGUAGAUUAUUUGUUGAAAUGUUUCUUGGCUAUAAAUCUUAUACCUAAAGCCUGUUAAUUUCUCUUUUAAAUGGAGCUGGAACAUGUAUUUAAAUAGAGUAAGGAAGGAACAUGUAUUAGUGGGAUGUGCAGCAAAGUACCGUAUUUCUUCCUGAAAACUGUUUAUUUGGGUGAGUAAAUCACUUCCGUCUGUUUACAAUAAGCUUAGAUUUCCAGAUAUACACUAUGGCUGGGUGCAGCAGCAUUAGCAGUUAGCACUAGUAAAUUCCACCCGACAGUGCUACACUGAGGAACCCUGAGUAAGCCAGUGCGAUAUUAGCUAGCUGUUUGUUCCACGUAGCUUGUUUUAACAUGCAGACUACAGUACGAUAUACUCCCCUCUGACCAGUGAAAGAGCUAGUGCUUAGCCUGGUUAGCAGCUAAUGCUAAUACUGCUCCAGUCUCAAUGCUGGAGAACUAAACUGAAACUCCUGUAUAACUCUGUACUUCAGUGGAGUGACUUUACUGCUCCUUAAUACCUGACUGGUAGAAUUUAUACAUAAGGAGCACCGGAUUAUAAGGAGCUCUAUAAUUUUGGGGAACAUUAAAGGAUUUUAAGUGCGUUUUAUAGUGUGAAAUAUACAGUAUGUGGGUUGCACCCAUGAAAAAUUGACCAAAACAGUUUAUUCUGCUGCGAUAGGGCAACUUCAAGCUGGUGUUCUUCUAAACCGUAAAAUUUCAGCAUUAUUUAGAGUGAUUUGAUUUGAUUUGAUAUAAUGGAUGCUAGAGAUCAAAAAAGAUCAAACAAGAAAACCAAACAAGUCAAUGGAAAAAUAGUAAUAAGCUGUUUGGCAUUGGUUAAAAAGAUUUGGCACAUUUUUUAUUGCCGCAACCCACAUACCACCAGCUCUGCUGCUCAGCCCAUAAAUACAUGUUCCUUACAACUUUGACUACAAUUAAAGAUAAUUUAACUUACUUUUCAAUGGUAUUUGGGUUUAUUACCAAGAAGCAUUGUUACAACAAUUAAAUAAAAAAACUACCAAACACCUCCGCACUGGAGUCUUCGGUUCAAGUCCCUAUCUGGGUUGAAUUUAUCAUGUUUCCUCCCACAGUCAAAAACAUGUAAGGUGAACUAGAUACUCUAAAUUGUCCUGAUGUAUUGGAAUGAGUGCUGAAUAUAAAUGUUUGUGUGUAAAACGUGAUUGUAAAGCAUCCUUGGGUAUCUAGAAAGACUCUAUAUAAAUGUAACUUAAUUCAUUCAUUAAUUCCAAUACGAAAUGACAGCGACAAAUUGUGCAGCCCUACAUUCUAUCAUGUCGCGGGUCAUCCCUGUUUCUUUAUAUUCUCACUCUUUUAUCUUAUAUUAUGUAUAUUUUACACUGUCAUGUAUAGUCUUUGGACAAGAGUCUGUUCUACAUUUUUCUCACAAAUUCAUACUGAAUUUUAAGUGCGCUUUAUAGUGUGAAAUAUACAGUAUGUGGAUUGCACCCAUGACCCAAUUGACCAAAACAGUUUAUUCUGCUGCGAUAGGGCAACUUCAAGCUGGUGUUCUUCAAAACCAUAAAAUUUCAGCAUUAUUUGGGGUCCUGGUACCAGUAUCUCCAAACUGAAGGCUAAGUUCCAUAUAAUGGAUGCUAGAGAUCAAAAAAGAUCGAACAAGAAAACCAAACAAGUCAAUGGAAAAAUAAUAAUAAGCUGUUUGGCAUUGGCUGAGAAGAUUUGGCACAUUUUUUAUCGGCUCAACCCACAUACCAUCAGCUCUGCUGCUCAGCCCAUAAAUACCAUGAAUUGCUAAAUCUCACCUUUACUGCUCAUCGUCAAUCCCAGCCCGGUCUCAUUCCGUCCAACAGUAGAUAGGGGUAUCUUCCGGUUCACAGAGGACACUGCGAAACCUGUAAACACUUGGGGAACCAAUGGCCAUGCAGAAUGAACUGUAACCCCUCCCCCUGUCUCGUAGUCCACACCCUGUAAAGGUAAAUAUAACCGCUAGCUCGUACACAGUUCUGUACUAAAGCACACAGCGAAUAACAAGGACCGCGAGUGUGUACGUUAAUAUACCUUAUAUACGUCUUUUACUGAAAGAGCAGACUCUGCAUUUAUGUUGUAAUGAAGCCAAGUAAAUAAAAAAAAUAAAGAAAAAAUAUUUCUAUGCA